AUGGCUUCUUCUAACACAAACCAGACCCUAAAAAUAUCAAAAGCCAUAUCUGAUUCAUCUUCAUGGUACUGUGCUUUUGUAAUUCUCUCUCUCAUACUAUUGGCUUCUGUUAAAGAGAACUCUCUGACAGAGGAGUCUGUGAGAGGAAACCAGCUCUUGAACAGGCCUUGUGAUGAAAUAUAUGUAGUCGGAGAAGGCGAAACACUCCAUACCAUCAGCGCCAAGUGCGACGACCCGUAUAUAAUUGAGCAGAAUCCAUAUAUUCAAGACUCCGAUGAUGUUUACCCUGGACUUGUCAUAAAGAUCACUAUUUCAAAGCCAUGGAAGCUACAAAGGUAG